AUGGUUAAAAUAGAUUCUAAUAAAUUUAGAUACCUCUCCAAUGAUGAUUUCCGUGUGCUAACAGCCAUUGAAAUGGGUAUGAAAAAUCACGAAUUAGUACCAACACCAUUGAUUGAGAGAAUUGCAGGACUCAGACACGGAGGUACACAAAAAGUAUUAUCUUUAUUAUUAAAAUAUAGGCUUGUUCAUCACGAUGCCAAGAAUUAUGAUGGUUAUCAUUUAACGUAUCCAGGUUAUGACUUUUUAUCAUUAAAAACAUUUAUGAAAAGAGGACAUGUUGUUGGAUUCGGAAGACAAAUUGGUGUUGGUAAAGAAUCUGAUAUUUACUUGUUGCUUUCACCUGUAAAGGAAGGAGAAGAAGUUGAAAAGGAUGUUGAUGAAGAAGAUGAAGAUGAAGUUAAAGUUGUUCUUGAUAAGGAAGAAAAAUUCUUGGAAGAAGAAAGUGAUGAAGAUGAGGAAGCUUUUGAAUUUGAAGAGGAUGGAUUUGCUGGAUAUGAUUUGGAACAUAAAGCAAAACAAAUUGUUAUUAAAUUCCACAGAUUAGGUAGAUCAUCAUUCAGAGCUGUUAAGAAUACAAGAGAUUAUUUAGGAAAGAGAAGUAAGCCUACUAACUGGUUAUAUAUGAGUAGAUUGAGUGCUUUAAAGGAAUUUGCUUUUAUGAAAGCUAUUUAUGAUACUGGAUGUAUUCCUGUACCAAAACCAAUUGACUGCAAUAGACAUUGUAGAGAUGAAACAUCCAUUGUAUGUUUAUCAACAAUGUGUAGAUUUGCUUGUUAA